UGACCUUGGAAUGAUUCAAGGGAAAUAACUCUAUCAAUGUGGUUUCCAUUUAAAAAUGGCGGCCGGUAAUACAACUCGUGCGUUGCGAAUGCUUCGCGAUUUACCUCGAGUUACUCUUUCCAAUCUAUCGCCGCUACCACAAAAAGCAUCAAAACGAAAGGAGCUUAAGAAACGAGGAACCUGUCGUGGUGGAAAUUCAGGACGAAGUGACACAGGUCAAAAAAAACAUGGAAAUCUUCCUAGACUUGGUUUUGAAGGAGGAAAUACUCCAUUUUAUUUAAUGAUUCCAAAGGAACCAUUUUAUAAAGGCUGGCACUUGCGUAAAAGCUACAGUCCUUUAAACAUGUUGUCAUUACAAAGAAUGAUAGAUCUUGGUCGGAUUGAUAAAAACUCACCCAUUGAUAUUGUUAGUGUCACAAAUACAAGGCUCUUCACUUUAAACCCGGUGCAAGACCAUGGGAUCUGGCUGACAGAAGAUGGAGCUGAUAGCUUCAAGAGCUGUAUCAACAUAGAAGUCCAGUGGGCUAGUGAGCUGACUAUCGCUGCAAUUGAGAAAAAUGGUGGCAGAAUUACAACUCGUUAUUAUGAUCCUAUGUCACUGGUAGCCUUGGCUGAUAUCAAGAAAUUUUUCCAGUCAGGGAAACCCAUUCCACGAUGUCAUUUACCAACACAAGAUUGCGUGGAAUACUAUACCAACCCAAAAAACCGUGGCUAUCUUGCUGAUCCUGAUCUUGUACAAGAAGCACGCAUAGAACUUGCUCAGAAAUACGGUUACACAAUACCAGAAGUUGACGAAGACACCAAAAAUUUAAUGUUAGAAAGCAAAGAUCCUCGUCAAGUUUUCUUCAAUUUACAACCCGGCUGGAUUGUUAACCUAAAAGAGAAAGUAAUAUAUAAAACUACAGAUCCAGAAUAUGAACAAUUUUACCAAUCUUAACCGUUAAUGUGAUUAGUAUUAUUGGAUGAUGUGUUUUGAUAGACUGAGAAUUCUCCUUUAUAUUUUAGCAUUAAAUAAUUUUUAUUUCUUUUAA